AUGGUCGAAAGACAAAGUGAUAGAAAGCUCACGAUUAUGAGGACUGAUGGUGAUGGAGAAUAUGUGUCGAAAUACUUCGACAUGUUAUGUGAGAAAGAUGGGAUAUUGCAUGAGGUGGUGCCACCUUAUCCUCUACAUCAUAACGAAACUGCAAAAAAGAAUAAUAUAACCAUCAUGAAUAUGGUCUUAGAAGUUGUAGCUUGUUGCUUUUUGGAUGCCGGUUCCGUUGCGGCUUUCGAUACAUCGUUGUGGAAGUUGGAGAAGCCAAAACUAGUUCAAGAGGUUAAGGUUCAUUUUGGAAGUUUGGGGCGGUUUGGAUUGUUAGCUGCAUUUUGCGGUUAUGGUUGGUGUGAAGCUUCCGAUGUGGUUCGAGGGACAGCUCUUAUUGAUGUGUAUGUGAAAUGCGGUUUUCUAGGUGAGGCCAUGGACAUAUUUGAGAGGAUGAAAAGUAAAGAUGUGAAGUCAUGGACAGCUGUGAUUUCGGGUCAUGGAAUUCACGAGCAGCCAAUGGAAGCCAUAAGGCUUUACAAGAGGAUGGAUAAUGAAAGGUUUAGACCAAAUGAAGUCACCUUUUUGGCAAUUCUUACUGCUGGUAGUCAUGGAGGACUUGUUAAUGAGGGGAUUGAAUUUUUUUAA